GUUCUUCUGCGUCACCAUCUUUCAUCUUAUCAUACCACCUGCAACACCCCUCUCUUUCAGCUUCAACUUCUCCGAUCCCAAAAUUAACAUGUCGCUUAUCCAACUCCAGGCUGACGCCGUCUGGAACCGCACUGUCAUCAACCUCUCGAAGGACUCGAGCAAUUCCAUCAGCAACAGCCAGGGCCGAGCGGUGUACAGCAAUCCGGUGCUUCUUUGGGACGACGCCACCGGCGAGGUGGCUAGCUUUCACACUAGCUUCUCUUUCAUCACCCAAGUCAUGAACCUGAGCUUUUACGGGGAUGGGCUAGCGUUCUUCCUCUCCCCUUACCCGUCGGCGGUCCCUAGUUUCACUGGUGGCGGCUACCUCGGCCUCUUCGACAAUACAACCGCUCUGAACCCAACGCAGAAUGAGUUGGUGCCGGUCGAGUUCGACACCUUCAAGAAUUACUGGGAUCCGAGCGCCUGUCACGUUGGUAUUGAUAUCAAUUCCAUCAACUCUACGGCGUAUGAGAACUUGCCGAAUAUCACCAGAAGAAGCACCCGUGCGACCAUGUCAAUCGACUAUGAUAGCACUACGAAAAAUCUGAGUGUGUUGCUUUCUUUUGACGGUAAUCCGAACUACACUAGUCCUUUCAACCUCUCUCGUCUAGUUGAUUUGAGCGCAAUACUUCCCCAGAAGGUGACCGUCGGCUUCUCAGCCGCCAUUGGCGCCGCCGGCGAGCUCAAUCAGAUCCUGUACUGGAAGUUCAACUCAACUUUGCAAAGGAAGAGUAAUAUUACGAUUACGAGCCCACCAACACAACCGGCCCCUCUGCUGACUAACUCUGGCAAACGUUACGUCGGAGUUGCGGCUGGCUCGGCCGCUGGCAUAGUCGCUCUGCUCUGUUUGGUUGUGGCAGUUUGGUGCUGUCUUUCAUCGCGUAAGAAAGUCAACAUGACAGAGGAAGAAGAAGGUGGCAUGGACGAUGAGGAUGAUCUGAUCGACGAUGAGUUCGAGAGAGGUAGGGGACCCCAGAGGUUUCCUUACAGCGAAUUGGCUGCCGCGACAAACAACUUCGACGAGGCAGAGAAGCUUGGGCAGGGAGGCUUUGGUUCCGUGUACAAGGGGUUCCUGAGGUCCGCAAACCUUCCCGUAGCCAUCAAAAGAAUCUCCAAGGAGUCGAAACAAGGACUGAAGGAGUAUACAUCCGAGAUCAAAACGAUAAGCCGACUGCGGCAUCGGAAUCUAGUGCAGCUCAUAGGCUGGUGCCACAGACGCGGAGAUUUCUUGCUGGUCUACGAGUUGAUGCCCAACGGAAGCCUCGAUUCCUAUCUCUAUAGCAAAGAGAGGCUACUGCCGUGGUCGGCAAGAUACAAUAUUGCGCAAGGCCUAGCCUCCGCUUUGCUGUAUCUUCACACCGAGUGGGAGCAGUGCGUGGUGCACCGAGACAUCAAGUCGAGCAACAUCAUGCUGGAUUCGUCGUUCAGCACUAAGCUCGGCGACUUCGGGCUGGCGCGGCUCGUCGAUCACGACCGGGGCUCGCAAACGACGGUUCCGGCGGGCACGUUGGGAUACCUGGCCCCCGAAUGCUUCAUCACCGGAAAGGCCAGUAAGGAGACCGACAUCUUCAGCUUCGGAGUCGUCUUGCUCGAAAUCGCUUGCGGGAGAAAGUGCUUAGUCCAGACGGAGGUUCCAAGCAAAGUUAGCCUGGUUGAGUGGGUCUGGGAUCUGUAUGGAAGUAAAUCAGUUCUCGAAGCAGCCGACGAGCGUCUCAACGGCGAUUUCAUCGAACCAGAAAUGGAGAGCUUGAUGAUUGUGGGGUUGUGGUGUGCCCACCCAGAUUAUAAUCGACGACCGUCCAUCAAACAAGCAAUCGGCGUUUUGCGCUUCGAAAUUCCCUUGCCUGCUCUUCCUCCUAAGAUGCGGGAGCUGGUGUCCGCGCCGCAAUUGGAUCUACCGAAUAUCUCAUCAUCAUCCGCUGGAACAUCGGCUAGAGACGUUUCUACGUCUGCUAACUCAACCGCCGCAUCUGCAUCCUCCUCAUCUUCACUCCUUAAUAAUAGUUGAUAAAACUCAACAUCGUGCAUGUUGCAAUGUGUUUUCUUUCUUCUUUUUUUUUUUCAGUAUAUGUUUUGAUGUUUUAGUGCGAUUGUGAGUAAUGUGGUUUUUUACUUCUAUGUUCCUCAGCAAGGUACUAGGAAUAAGGCAAUAAUGUCAAUCGUAGCUUUGCUUUCCGAGCUAGGUUAUUGAUAUAUGUUUGUAAUUGCAAUCUUUUUAAUA